GACCAUAUCUCGGAAACGAAGGGCCAUAAGCACAAACGGUUUUAGAGUUUUCUUAGUCUCAUCAAGAUCUACUUAUGGCCAAAAGACGGAGUCAAAAGCGAGGAAUCAGUUGGGGAAGUUCCCUCGUUAGUUUUGUUGUCUCGAAGUUUGAUGUGAAGCUCACUGUUGCAUCAAAAUUAGUCGUAUUUUCUCAGUGUGUGUUUCUAAUUUGUCGUUAUUGAAUACGAUUAUGUAGUUACUUUUUGUUUUCGUGUUUGUAGUUAUUUUUUCAUUGUACAUGUUGUAUAUGUACGUUCCAGUAUGUACAAUUUAUACAGAUAUUUUUCUUGUGCAUUAUUUUUCUUUUCAUAUGCUACUUUGAAAAAAAGCUUCCAGUUUUUUUUGCUAUGCAUUAUGACUGUUUAUUUUUCUCUUUGUCUGUGCGUAAAAUGACGACGAUAAUACGUUUCAUUCCAUUUAAGUUUUAAUAAUAGAAAUUAUAUGAAUUAUCUUGUCUUUCUUUUGUCGACUAAAUUUACUAGGUUAUUAUGGGAUAUAGAUCAAAGCGUGUAUGUAGGAUGUGACACUCCGUUCAGUCUGGAUUAAAUUUUUUAAUAAAAUACAAAACUAUCACUUUUUUAUGCUCUUAUUUUUUGCGUGUUUGUUGGAUGUAUCCCAAGAAAGAAAUAUAUCUUGAAACAACAUGAAGACUAUGAAAUAGAUCGAGGUGGCUUCCCGCUCGAUCAAUUUCUUUUUAAAAUUUUCCGUUCUCAUUAGUAUGAGAAAUUUUCAGCUCGACUCGGUUCCGUUUCAGAAACACACCAGUCGCUUUCAUAUUUGAUGUAAAUUAUUGAAGCAGUUUCACUCAUGCGAAAGGCACAAUGCACUGAUAUAUUUUUCUCAAAAUUUUGUUGUUCUGAAAUAAGUUAACCACUGGACGACAGUACAUUAAGAUUAUUGCUUUAUGUUUCUCAAAUAUGAUUAACAUUCUCAGUGUUGUAGAGAACUAUUAUGUUCAUCUCGUUGUUUUUAUUUUAGAUUUCUUCUUGUAAUAAUGUCUAGCAGUGACAUUGUAUCAGGUGUGUAACAUUUCUAAGCAUUAUUAAUCCGUGUUUUAGAGAUUAGUGUCGUUCUCAUAUAGGAUGAAGACUAAAUUUCGAAGAACUAGCAAAAGAAUGAAAAAUUCACUUAUCGGGUUAUUUAGCUAAAAAAGUGUAUGUUGCAUAUUUUUCUCCGUUUAGACGAUGCUCUGAAAGAAAAACGUUUACGUCGAACUAAACAAGAUGAUGAUUUCAUAUUCGACUAUAACCCUGGAUCACAACUUGCAAGCAAUCCAUCAACAUCGUCCACGUCAUCUAUGUCAUUAUCGUUUAUGAAUGAUACAUUGAACGAACAGGAAGAAGUAUUUGAAGUGGGAGAUAUUGUAUGGGCUCGUCUUAAUGGCCAUCCAUGGUGGCCAUCGCUUGUUUAUGGUUGCUUCUCUGAGAAUGGUCAACAUGUUAAAACAGUUGCUAAUAGUCGAGGUGGUUACAAACGUCAAUAUUUUGUUUAUUAUUAUGGCUCACAUUUCGAAUAUUCUUGGAUAUUUAAAGCAUCGUUAUUUCGUUAUAAUGGAUUGAAAAAUUUUAUUGAACAUGCUGAGAGUGUAGUGGAUCAGGCAACAACAAAAACUGAACAACAAGAGUUAGCGAAUCGUUUUCAGCUGAAAGUUUCUAAACGAACUCGGCCAUUAUGGGACGAAGCCAUUUCUGAAGCUGAUCGUGCUAUGGCAAUGUCAAAAGAAAAACGAACAGAAGAAUUUAGCAAGUUAUUGGAUAGAAUAUUAAACGGUUUGCACGUUCCAGUAGAUGAGGAAAGACUUGUUCAUCCAUCAUUAAGUCCUUCGCCAACAUCAAAAGCACGACCGAAGGUCGAAGUUGAUGAAGAAUCAAAAACACUUAUGCGCAAAUCAUCAUUUAUACCUGCUUCACCGAUGUCAAAUGGAGAGGCUAAAUCAUACAGUAAGAAAAUAGCAUCUGAUGUGCAAAAUCAAGAAAUAGACUCGUCUGAUGCAUCACCUCUACCCAAACCAAAAUCAAAAGCCGGAAGAAAACCAAAGAGCUAUUAUCUAUCGAAUCCGGUUACUCCAUCUCGAUCACUAUCACCGUUGCCCGUACGAAGAAAGGGAAAAAGAGGCAGAAAACCAAAAAAUGUUCUACUUGAUAAUAACAGUUCAAUUCCUUUAUCAAAUUCACCAGUAUCAAAAAGAAAAUCUGAAUCAUCUCCGGUGUCACUAAAAAGACGACGUGAAGCAAUUACAACGAACAAGUCAAAUGGUACGUCUCCAACUAUAGUACGUCCCUAUAUACGAGGCCCGUAUAAAAAACGAUCACAUGUUCAAAUAUCAACAAAUAAUCAACGAAAAUCAACUGAAAUACAAAGAGUCGAAGUAACAAAUGGCUUACUCGAUUUAUCAACCGCUAAACCUUCCUCACAAUCCAAUCUUCAAUCUCCAGCAAUUAAAACUGAUAUUAACGACGAAGAUAUUAAAGUUUUAUCUGUUUUGACAAAACCCACUUGUCCACCACCACCUCUUUCAUCAUCAUUAUCCGCAGCUAUUUAUCAUUCACUGGAAAUCGGCAUACCAGCCCUAACAACUUAUGAAGAAAUAAGAUUAGCCGAAGAUCUAAUAAAUCAUGAAGCUGGUAAACAGCUGACAUUUGAACAAGCACAAGCAUAUAUUACAAAAAAAGCAACAGAUAUUGUUAAUUUAAAUCAUCAUUACCAUAUGACUUAUGUUCAACCAGAAUAUUUUUAUGAUUUUUUAUUGAAAAAUCCACAAGUUAUUAUCAAACAUCGACAAUGGUUCGAAAAUAUUAAAUCAAGCACAAUGCCAUUGAAUGGAAAUACGAUUGAACUAAAACGAUGGCAGCUAGUAGCGAUUGUAAAAACACAUACCGCAUCAGAACAACAAGAACAAGAAAGAAAAGAAGAAUAUGACGAUAUUGAUGAUGAAGAAGAUAAUAAUAAACAAAAACGAAAUUCAUUUCGACGAUCAGAAAGGAAUAAAUACCAUAAUACACUUACGCUCACAAUCACUAUUAUGGCAAAUAAUUAUACCGAUCAUACUUCAGUGACGAUUUUAGAUGACGGUAUUCCAACAAAACGUCAGCGUCGAACAAAACAGGAUUCAGAUUUUAUUUUUGAUAAUAAUCAUCGAACACAAAAUAAUACCAACAACACUAUAUCAAAUGAAAAUGGAAAAAAUCGUUCGUCAUCUUUAAGUACAAAAAGACAAUAUUCUUAUGAUGAUGAAAACUCAAUAAUUAAUGAAAAUGGUGUUAUCCCGUCAAAUAUUGUGCCAGAUACAUUUGAAGAAGGUGAAAUUGUUUGGGCUCGUCUUGGGGGUUAUCCGUGGUGGCCUGCACUAAUUUUUGGUUGCCAUACAGAGAAUGGUAUAUAUACAAAAACGUUAAAUUCUGGAAAUAUAUCAAAGCGACAAUAUUUCGUGUAUUUCUAUGGUCCAUAUUUGGAGUACAGUUGGAUUUAUUCAGCGUCAUUAUUGAAAUACGCUGGUUUGUCGUCGUUUAUUCAACAUGCUGAAACAGCUGUUCAACAAGCAAGUACAAAAGGUGAACAACAACAUUUGGCAAAUAUGUAUCAAUUAAAAGUUAGUAUGAAAAAACGUUUACAAUGGGAUGAGGCAAUUGAAUUGGCCGAUCAAGCACUAAAAAUAUCAAAAGAGCAACGUAUCAAAGAGUUUGGAGAACUCUUAAAAGAGUUAUUAGCAACGGGAAAACAUUUUGGUUUACCUGCUUCUUCUGAUCGACGGCGACGACGACAGAGAACACUAAGUGAUGACAAAAAGACAAAUUCACAUGAUGAGUAUGCUCUGAACGAACCAAGUCCGAAUAAAAAAGCAAAAAGAUCAACUAAACUACGUCGAAAAUCAUCUUCGUCAUUAUCCACUGAAUCUAAUCAACAACAUGAAUUUUCUUAUUCUUCACCAUUAGUCAUAAACUCAGAUUUAAAUUCGACCUCGACACAGUCGCGAACAAAAUCUUUAGUAUCACCAAAAAAGCCAAUCGUUUUUGUUCCACAUUCGAGAAAAUCUGGCGAUUCUCCAACGUUAAAAGCACGUCAUACAAAAAUAAAGAAAGAUAAUGGUGAAGAAAAACGUUUCUCAAAACAACAUUCGUCAAGUAGUAAUAGUGGCAAUAAGAAAAAAUUAACGAAUGUACAACAAUCAACAAUGUCAAAUGUACCGUCAUCAUCACCACCAUCGAAUGAAUCCUUCUUUAUGAAAGUGAAAACAACGCCUAUACAUGGCGUUACGACUUCAUCUAAAACGAGAGCAGUACCUAGAACAGUCUAUCGAUCGCCAUCAACAAACAAAUCAAAGCAACAAAAUAUUCGCAACAACAAAAGUGACGAUGAGUACGAUUACAAUAUUGAUAAAAAUAAAACGUUUUCACCAAAAUCUGUAUCCUUAUCAUCUCCGAAUAUUACACCGUCGUCAAAUCAUCGUCUAGUUUCUCCUGUCGUAACAUCACCAACCCAUUUACAACCAUCAGUAACAUCAUCAACGAUCAAUGAACAACCAUCCAUGUCAUCCAUUGUUCUUUUAUCUCAAACCGCUCUUCCUGUAUUAACAAAUUAUGAACAAAAACAAAUUGUUGAGGGUAUUAUCAAUCAUCGUCGUGGAAAACAAUUAACAUUUGAAGAAGCACAAGCGUACGCAUUGGAAAAAGCUAUUGAAAUUGUUUUAGAAAAUCAUCAUUAUCGUAUGCCCUAUAUUCAACAUGAAUGGUUUUAUGAUUUUUGUUUAAAAUAUCCACAAAUUAUAUUUAAGUAUCGAUCUUGGUUUGAACAUGUUAAAGUAGACACUGUACCAUUGAGUGGAAAUGUUAUCGAAAUGAAACGAUGGCAAUUGGCGUGUAUAUUAAAUGCACAAAUAAAAUCUAUACAAAAUGGUAAUAAAUUUAAUGAAAAUAAUAAUGAUUAUAACGAAACAAUGGACGAUCAGGAUCAAGAUAAGCAUGAUCGUGUUGCGACACGUUCAGCAAAACAAUACACUAAAUAA